UUGGAUUGGGACGAAAUGGAUGGCCACUUAUUUGCCUGCUACUCAUUUAUUCAGUCAAAGAUUAAACACGAGGAGCGAGUGCCCUCAUUGCUUUCCCCGCACUUCAUGCUAAAGUCAGCGAAUAUGUAGAAUGUAGCUCUCUUACGUUAUUGACACUUCUCCUACAUAAUCACCACUAAAAGUCAAUCAUUUCACCAAUGUGUUUGAAUUUUCAGACCAAUGAAGAGUUCAAUAAGCUCAUGAAUGGACUUCUCCGAAUCGAAGCUGUCAACAUGACUGAAAUUGAAACUGAUGAAAGAGAUGAAAGUAGUGAAUCUGAAGAAAGUCACAUUGAAUUGAGAACUGCAACUGUUGACUGGCGUAGAGAAGGAUUAGUUACUCCAGUGAAAAACCAGGGUCAAUGUCAUUCUGACUGGGCUUUCAGUGCAACUGGUGCCAUAGAAGGACAGUGGGCAAAAAGGCAUGGAAAACUGGUUUCUCUCAGUGAACAGAAUCUGAUUGAUUGUAGAACCGGACCUAUUAUUUGCUCUGGUUCAAACGCAUUGACAGCCUUUCAUCAAGUGAUUCAACUUCAAGGCAUCAACUCUGCUGAAACUUACCCUUACAUAGGAAAGCAUGGACGCUACUGCAAAUUUCAGCCAGAUAAAAUUGCUGCUAAAAUCACUAACCACAAAUGGGUUUCGGGAGGCGAGGCAGCAUUGGAACAAGCAGUGAGAGAGAUAGGACCGAUGUCUGUUGUGAUUAAUGCAAGUCUGAAAUCCUUUCAACAUUAUAAAGGAGGUAAGUCGCAGAGCACUGGACGAUGUCUUUGAAUCAGAUUAUCGACUGUUCAAGAAAAGGUAUUAGAAAUCAUACAUCUACAGACAUAUUUACUGUCACUAUUUUGGUAUUAAUAUUACUGCAAAGUUCACCAUGGACCAUGACCCUUACCCUUGUUCCUGCCUACACUCCCCCCGUGUUACAUGCCGUCCAGCUCUGUCAGAUAU